AUGCAUUUGCCCCCUGGCUAUUCUUCUACUCAACCUUCUCUUCCACCUAAUGUUGUUUGUCACCUCCAUAAGUCCUUGUAUGGACUUCGACAAGCAUCACGACAAUGGUUUGCAAAGUUUUCCAAUACAUCGAAUUUACUUGGUUUUAAUCAGUCACAAUCUGACCAUUCUUUAUUUGUGCGUUCUUCUGGAUCAUGCUUCAUUGCUGUAUUGGUAUAUGUGGAUGAUAUAAUUGUUGCAUCUAACAAUUCUCUUGAAGUACAGUUUCUUAUUGAUGAUCUUCACAACAAAUUCAAGCUCAAGAAUCUUGGUCCCUUAUGUUAUUUCCUUGGCCUUGAGGUAGCUCGUUCUGCCAAAGGUAUCUCUGUUUGUCAGCAUCAUUAUGCAUUGGAUAUUAUUAAAGAUUCUGGACUUUCUGGUUGCAAACCCCGCAGCACCCCCUUUGAAGUUGGACUUAAGCUCUCUGCUUCUGAUAGAGGUCUUCUCCCUCAUCCUUCCAUGUACCGUCGCUUAAUUGGACGUUUAAUUUACUUGGCAAUCACUAGACCAGACAUCUGCUACACUGUUAAUUUUCUCAGCCAAUUCAUGGCUGCUCCACGGCUUCCUCAUCUUCAAGCAGCCCACAAAUUGCUUGGCUAUAUCAAGCACACCAUUGGUCAAGGAAUUUUUUACUCCUCUUCUUCUACUGUUCAACUUAAUGUUUUUUGUGACUCUGAUUGGGCUUCUUGUAUUGAUAGUCGCCGGUCCAUUUCUGGUUUUUGUGUAUUCAUUGGGGAUUCAGUUAUAUCUUGGAAAUCCAAGAAACAAAACACUGUUUCCAGAUCCUCCACAGAAGCAGAGUAUAGGUCUAUGGCUCUUGUAACAUGCGAACUCCUCUGGCUGUUUUCUCUUUUAAAAGAUCUCAAAGUUCUACAUUCUGGUCCUGCUCAUCUAUUCUGUGACAAUCAAUCUGCUCUUCAUCUUGCUGCUAAUCCUGUUUUUCAUGAGCGCACAAAACAUAUCGAGAUAGAUUGUCAUCUUGUUCGUGAACAUAUCAUCAAAGGGCAUCUGAAAACAUUUCAUGUACCUUCCUCAAAGCAACUUGCGGAUAUUCUCACAAAGCCUUUGCUUCCUUCCAAGUUUGCAAUUCUGAUAUCCAAGAUGGGAAUUCUGAAUCUCUACUCUCCAUCUUGA